AUGCGCACUAAAAUUAAAGAUCAUAUUAGUAAUUGCCUGAAUUGUAUUGCGUUCUCACCAAGCACAGGUAAAUCAGAAGGAUUUCUACACCCUAUACCUAAAGAUCAACGAGGCCCAAAUAUCGAUGGGAUCAAAGAAUACUUAGAAGAAAAAGAUGCUCCAUCUGAGCGUGACCUUGAAUCAAUCCGCGAAGAAGCCAGUACAAAUAUCAUAAAAAGUCAAGAGUACAAUCAAUAUUAUUUUGAUCAGCGUAGAAAGAAACCGCAUCAAUAUAAGAAAGGUGAUUAUGUCGGAAUCUGUAAUUUUGAUAGCACUCCCGGAGCCCCGAAGAAGCUCAAUUCUGGAUUCAAAGGACCUUAUGAUAUUGCUCUAAAAAAUGACAGAUACAUAGUUAAAGAUGUAGAAAAUUCCCAAACAUUACAACGCCCUUAUAAAGGAACUUGA